UAAUUAUUAAUUUUUUAUAAUUUAACAAAUAUUACCAAAUUAGAAAUACUUUACUUAAUAGCUAAUAUUUCUGUUUUAAAUCUCUUAACUUCUAAUCGAAUGAAGUAAUUAGGCAAUUACUAAUUUAUCGUUUUAAUUUGAUAAAUUUGUUUCAUUGUUUGACGAAUUUAACUAUUUUUUGUCAUAUAAGACUUCAUUAAAUCUAAUUAUGUUUUCGAAGUCACUGAUCAGUUUUUGCAGACAAGGAUUAGGUUCUUCAAAAAUCGUGCAGAACGUUCUAUGUAAACGUAAUUUGUAUGAGCGUGCAGCCAUAGGAUUGGAUAAAUAUGAGUUCUUCAGAGAAAAAAUUGAUAAUCAAUUUUCUGAUUCAGAUAAACAUUUAUUUCGAGAGCGUAUGAAGUCUUUUGCAGAUCCUGAGUCUAGUAGUUUAAUUUUUACUGAAGACUUAAAACAAAUUGUACACAUGGUAGGUGAUAAUGAAGAAGAUUUAACGCUUGUAGAAAAAAUGAUGAAAAAGUAUAAUAAGCAAAACCAAGGAUUAAGAUUUGGAAAUUUUACUUUUGGUCCAGUUGUGAUGCGAAUGUAUUAUCAUCUCAAUAAACCUGAUCUUGCAUUGAAAUUGUUUAAUGAUCCGGAAAUGGAUGGAUUCUUCAAUCAUUUAAGUUCUUAUCAAAUACUCAUGGACUUAUUAUUUGUAAAUGAAAAGUUUGAUCAAAUAUUACUUGUAUAUAAAACAAUUCAAGAUAGACAAUUACAAAUUGCCAAGUUUCCUAAAGGCGUAAUGAUGUUAGUUUUUGCUGCAUGUUAUAAAUUGAAUACAACUGAAAGUUUUGAAUAUGCAUGUAAAUUAUGGAGUGAACAACAAGAAGCUGGCCAUAAUCCAAUCAGAAAAACAAUAACUUUUUUUGCUGCUAAUGCAAUCAAUCAAAAUAGUCCUCAUAUCGCUCUUGAAGUUAUAACAUCGGUGCGAAAUCAAUCAUAUGUGACACUCCGUAAUAUAAAAGUGGUUGCAUUAUGUGAUUUGGGCCGAAUUGUUGAUGCUUUGCCUCUUCUAAGAAGUGUAUUAUCAUUAGAUCAACCAAUGUCUGGUGGCCCUGUGAUAAAACAAACUUAUUGUAGAGAUGUCAUAAAUUUAGUGAAAGCUGCUGCUGAAAAACAUAACGAUAAAGAAAUAUCAUUAGAGCUAGAUAGAAUAUUUAACCAACUAGAAGAGUUAAAUAUGAUUACUGAGACUACACUUGAUUCUCUUCUAUGUUCAGAAAUUAAAAUGAUCGAUAGAUCUGAUACAAACAACAGAGAAUCAUUAGUAGGAGCAAGCUAUCAAUCAGGCCGACCAUAUAAAAAACGAGAAUUUAGACGUCCUGGUAUUAGUGAUUUAUUGUAAUUUGAUUUAUGUAAAUCAUAAACCAUUUUUUGUAGAUUAAUAAUGUACUGUUUAAGUAAUAUUUAAAAAAAUAAAAUAAAGUUUAGUUUUUUUUUUAUUGAAAUAUGGAC